UGAACUAUGGAGUCAACACGCACAAAGGGAUGUGUGCUUGCAGGUCGCGCGGCUGCAGCAGCAUGGCUGACCUGCAUCCCAACCUGAGCCUGGCGGACGCGCUCACGGAGCCGCCCCCAGAGAUCGAGGAGGAGGUCAAGAGGGACUUCAUCGCCACGCUGGAGGCCGAGAAGUUUGACGACGUGGUUGGGGAAACGGUCGAUAAAACGGACUACGUCCCGCUGCUGGAUGACGACGAGGACGGCAAAGGCAGCGGCCAGGAGCCCCGGAGCAAGGCGCACGCGGACGCCGUGCCGGGGGAACAUCCUUCCGCUUCGGGGCCGAUGGUGGUAGAAAACGGUGACCACGGACUAGGAAAUAGCCGCACGGCCUUCCCGGGAGGAAUGAUGGACGAAAGCCUGUCCUACGAGGAGUUCUUUGCGCGCAGCGCCCCCUCCGCGAUGGGUGACAGGGACCUGUGCUUCGAGCCGCAGCCCGUGUUCAAGCCCGCCGAGAUGCCCGCACCACAUGCAUCUAUGAUGGUACCUGACCAAGCUUUCCUGGGGCCCCCAUAUUCUCCUGCAGAAGUUCUAGAUCCGUCAGCUUUUAUUGGCCUGGAUUCAGCUGCAGAGUAUCUGCAGGACACAGCAGUGCCCGGAGGAGCCUGGCCGGGAGCUCCGCACGCUGCGGCGGGACCAGGCGCCGCCUUCUUUGCCGAGCCGCCAGCAGCGGACGCUGGGGGUGUUCCUGCGCCGGACGCCGUGUCCGUGCCUGCGGAAGAAGCUGGCUCCCUUCUCAUGGGGGCUGCGGAGCCUCCCGCGGCCGCGGCCACUGAGAGCAGCCCUGCAGCAGAAGUCCUCGCUGCCCACGCCGCGGCCGGUGCCUGCGCUCCUGCCGCGUGGGACGGGGCUCCUCACGCUGCCGACGCUGCAUUUGCCCUCGGGGCAGAUGCUGCCUUGGCCCCGGCAGCGGAUCCCCAGUCUCCUUAUGCCAUGGGGCUGGAGUUUGCCCCCGCAGCAGCAGAUCCCAAGUCUCCUCAUGCCGUGGGGCUGGAAUUUGCCCCAGAGGCAGCAAAUCCCAAGUCUCCUCAUGCUGUGGGGCUGGAAUUUGCCCCAGCAGCAGCAGAUCCCCCGUUUCCUCAUGCCGUGGGGCUGGAAUUUGCCCCAGCGGCAGGGGAUCCCAAGUCUCCUCAUGCUGUGGGGCUGGAAUUUGCCCCGGAGGCAGCAAAUCUCGAGUCUCCUCAUGCUGUGGGGCUGGAAUUUGCCCCGGAGGCAGCAAAUCCCGAGUCUCCUCAUGCUGUGGGGCUGGAAUUUGCCCCGGCAGCAGCAGAUCCCCAGUCUCCUCAUGCUGUGGGGCUGGAGUUUGCCCCGGCAGCAGCAGAUCCCGAGUGCCAGCACGCUGUGGAUUUGGAGUUCUCCGCGGCGGAAGGUGCAGGCUUUGCCCCAGCCGCAGACGCUGUGCCCCAUCACGCCCUGGACGUGGCGUUUGCCCCAGCAGCAGGUACCACAGCUGCCCACGCCGUGGCUUUGGAGUCUGCCCCUGCAGCAGAAGCCGACCAUCACGGCGCGGACCCCGCGUUUGCCCCCGCAGCAGAAGCCAAGGCUCCUCCUGCCGUGGCCGCCGCCUUCGCGCCCGUCCCCGUGGCGGCGGCCGCGUGCGAAGAGCUGACGACGUCGGAGCCCGCCGCGGAGCGGGACAGGCCUCCUCUGGAGAAGACCCCAGCAGAAGCGACUGCAAACACGGAGCACGAGUGCAAGGUGCCCGAAGCUGGUGCUGAGCUGCCCGUAGAGGAAGCCAAAGGCGAGGGAUCCUCUCCCAGGCAUGGAGCAGAGCAGCCUCCAGGAACCACAGACCAUCUUCUGGAAGCAGCAGCUCCUGUAGAAGCAAAAGAAGCCCCAGCACUAGAAAACCAGGAGCUCCUUCCCGAAAACCCUGCUGUUUCUGCGGCUCUUCCCAUUACAGAGAAACCAAAGGAGGAGGCUGAACACAACCACAUCCCCCACGCAGAACCCCGACAAGAGCAGCCCCUGCAAGAGAGCACAGGUCCCCGUGGCGCGCAGGGCGGGCCCGCGCCCCACGCGAGCGGCCGCAGGGCGGGCAGCGCGGACGCUGCGCCCGGGCGCGCGGGCCUCCCGCGCCAGAAGAGUCCUGCCUCCAAGGUAGAGGCCCCUUCCGCAGCGGCCCCGCGCUCUAGGGUUCCCCACCAAAGGGCAGCGGAGCCGCCGGAGCCGGCGGAGAGCUACGGAGAGGGGCCGAGGGAGAGCUGGGGUUUGGACGGCUCCUCCGUCGGCGUGAAGAAGAAGAAGAAGAAGCCGAAACAAAAGAGGAAUCAGCAGCCGAGAGCGGCAGGGUUUUGGGAGGAGAGUCUCUCCCAGGCUCCCAAAACUUGUCCGUUUGCUUUCGGACUGCAGAAGGCGGAUUUGCCUCCCGUCCUGCCCGCUGAAGCUCGCCAGGAGCGGCCGCUUGCCCAAGGAAAUGGAGCUUUGGAUGCGGCAAAGGAUGCUGAAGGAGCAGCUGGAAGGCUGAUCUUGGGUGGUGCAGAUGUCUUCCGAGCGGCAGCGCCCGGGGAGCAGCGCCCCAAACCCGACCUGCUCGUUGCGUCUCUGCUGGAUGCGAGAAACGGAGGCUUCGCAAACGCGGAGGACGCGAGAGGGGACGGUUGGAUGUCACAGUGUAACGGGAAAAUGAAGCAGCUUCCCGUGGAGCCCAGGGACAAGGCGGAGAAGACGAAGGUGGGGGAGCCUGGUACUGCAAAGGUGCCCACCCAGCCUGGCAAAAUGAAUCACCUUGAUGGAAACGAGAAGAGGGUGGACAAGGAGGCGGGCUGCUCGGUGCCAAAGGCUUCUCCUGCGGAAGAGGCCGAUCUGAGCAAAGGAGAGGCCCCUCUGAAGGCCAGCGCUGCAGAAACCCCCCUUUCUGGUAGAGGGAAGGAGGCCAAGAGCACCUCUCGCAAGCACAAACCGGGCGGUGAGACUGGCCCCACUGGGCUCCCCACCUCCAGUGGCUUCCUGGAGAAAGAAGCAAAGAAGAGGGGUGAUGAGAAGAGCAAAGAGGCUGAGAAUGAGUCCUUCAAAGAGCCCGAUCUCGAGUUGGGGGCCCCGCUAGACAGGCUGCCCUCCGAGCCCAACGCGGCGGACAAAGCUAAAGCGGUGUCGCCCGGUAAGAGCAGCGAGGCCAACCUCGGAGCGUCGAAGGCCGCGCCGGGCACGCUUGCUCCUACCCCGUUGGUGGGGUCAGCGCCCGGAGAGGUUAUUCCUUUGGGAAGCGGAAAGGCCGGCGGUUCUUCGGAGCAGACGCUGCUCGCGGCGGCUAAAUCCGAUGCCACCGAAUGUCCCAGUGCUGCCGAAGCGGCCCCCGGCCCUGCGUUUAUUGCACCAGAGCAUCAGUUCUCAAAGGACGCCGGCCUUGCGCCGGGGCUGGACAAGCCGAAAAAGAGGCGUGGUGAGGGGAAAGUGAGGAAAAUGAGGAAUUUCCCGGAGCAGGUGCCUGUCCCGGAGGAUGCGAAAGCUGCCGGGGAGUGGAGGCUGGACGAGCCGAUAAGAGAAGUGCCUUUCCCCGAGCAGGGCAAGGAGAACGGCGCGGCCGCCGGAGCGCAUCCGUCGGCAGCCUCCGCACAGGGCUCCGCUCCGAGAGCGGAUAAGGCGAAGAAGAGAGGGAGCGAUGGGAGAAGCAAGAAGGGCGAGAGAAGCGUUUUCCAGCAGCCUCUCCUUUCGGAGGGCAAGAGGGAGGCGGGCAGCGCUGCCGAGACGACCGAGAAGCCCAGGGAGCCGCGGGGCGGCGAGCGCGGCUGGGUGUCUGCCGAGCGUCCUCAGGAGAGCGCUUCGGAGGCGGCCGGCACGGGGGACAGGGGACGGGUGGCCCAGGGCGUUGGCGGAGGCCAAGAGCCUCGGAUGACACAACCCGAGGCCGCCAGCAAAAGCAAGGAGGCAGAGGCCAUGGAUAGAGGCAGGGAGGCUGCCUUUCCCCGCCCAGGGGACUCGGCUGUGGCGGAGUUUGGUGCCACGUUGGCAGAGAAGCCGAGGAAGAGGAGCAGUGAUGGGAGGAGGAAGAACGAGAAGCCUCCCUUGGGGCAGGCGGCCGCGCUGGAGAGCAGGGCGGAAGCGAGUCCUCUUCUGAGCAAGGAGGUGGCUGGAAGGACCAAAGAAGUGGGCUUUGGUGGCCACGAAGGGUCUGGUUUUGGAGGAGAGCCCUCGCUGGAGGGGCAGGCAGGUGAAACCAGGGAGCUGGUGGGAAGGCCUGAAGGACAGGGCGGCGAGAGCCAAAGCUGCUCCCGUCAGCAGCUUCUCGCAGCUCAGGAAACGGAGACGGCAAAGGCAGGAACGGUCCAAACCGGAGAGACCUGGCCCACGGAUAAGGGAAAGGAGGGGGUCGUUAGUCCCUCAGAGGCAGUCCCGGAGAGCAGGCCUAAGAAGAAAGGCAGAGACGUGAAGGGCAGAAAGGCUGAAAAGGAGCAGCCUGGUGCAGCGGCGCCGGCCCAAAGCCCCGCGGCCGGAGUGCCUGCGACCGCUCGGGCUCCCGGUAGCGGCCAAGGGAGCCGUUUCCCCGCGGCAGGGAGCGGGCAGGGUCCUGCUGCGCCCGCGGAGCCGGGAACAGCGGGCACGCGUGAUGGGGAGGAGCGUGAGGAGACGCCGGGCGCCCCGGAGCCAGCAUUCCUCGUGGAGCCUGGCGCGGCCGGAGCGCUGCCCGCCGCCGGACCAGCUGCCGGCCCCGCGCCCGGCGCGGCCACAAGUGGCCCUGGACUGUCCCCUCGGCGCUCCGAGGACAGCCCGGUCCCGGAGCUCGGGAGAUCUGAAAAGAAAGGGAGCGAGGGGAGAAGUCAAGAAGCCAAAGGGGCCUCUGAGGAGCCCGUGGCUGCAGAGGCCAAAGCAAGCGGGAGGGAAGAGCAGGCGGCGUCGGGGCCGCUUGGCGGGGCCAUAGAAAUGGCCUUCGUGGAUGAGAACAGCAACGUGUGCAGCCUGGGCCCCGGCGGAGCCGGCCGGGCGGCUCCCGGUUUCCCGGUGGGAGCGGGAGAGGCGGCGGGAGAUGAGGGACUCCCUGCGUAUGGAGCAGGGCCGGCGGCUGGCGCCCUGCGGGAGAUGCCCAAGGGGAGACAGGAGCAGCACCCGGGCCGUGCCGAGGUGAAGGAGGAGGAUAGCGCCAGGGAGGCGGCUUCCCGGGAGCACAGGGACACGGGCGAGCAGCCCUCCAUGGAGCCCUCCGUGCAAGAGGACACCGAGUCAAACCAGGAUGGAGCUCCCCGUUCUGCCAGGGUGAAGGAGGGCGAUGGGGACACCAAGUCAAACCAGGAUGUUGGUCCCCUUUCCACCGGGGUGAAGGAGGGCGAUGGGGACACCAAGUCAAACCAGGAUGUUGGUCUCCUUUCCACCGGGGUGAAGGAGGGCGAUGGGGACACCAAGUCAAACCAGGAUGGAGCUCCCCGUUCCACCAGCGUGAAGGAGGGCGGUGAGGACACCAAGUCAAACCAGGAUGUUGGUCCCCUUUCCGCUGGGAUGAAGGAGGGCAGUGAGGACACAAGGGUCGCGGAGGAGAGGCAGGACCCUGGCUGCUCCUCGGUGCCGCCGCGGGCCGCGACGGGCACGGUGAGCGGGACGGUGACAACGGAAGAAACGGCCUCUGCCAUGGAGAGGGACGCGACCUGCGGAUCUGCCGACAUCCCGGUGCCGUUGGGGAGCAGUGCCGGAGAGACGGAGCGGCCCGGCGACGGGCAGGGCCACCCAGGCUCGUCCCAGGAGGCCGCCGGGUUGGGUGACAAGGCAGGCGCUGCUGUGGAUGCGCUCGCUGCCCAGCCGGCGCGGAUGAGCCGCGAAGUGCCGGGUGACGGUGGCUGCGAGCUCGCCCACGCCGCUCGCCCUGGCCGGGCUCUCCCGGAGGGCGUCGCAGCCGCUAAACCCCAGGACGCCCCGAAAGAGGAGGAGGAGGAACCGGAGGAGCAAACGGCGAAGGGGGCGCAGAAAGAAGACCGAGCGAAAGGCAGAGAGCAGCUCAGAGGCUACAUGAGACCCACGAAGGCGCGAGGCGCGGCCGGGGCCGCCGCCGCGGAGCGCGAGGGAGCCAAGCAGGCGGGCGCCGCGGCGCCGGCCCGCCAGCGGCCGCCCAAAGCCAAAGCAGGAGAGAGCAAGGCCGCGGAGGUGGCGGCCGGGAACGACAUCAGCCCACCUCCCACCAAGGAGCUUCCGCCGAGCCCCGAGAAGAAAGCCAAGGCCGCCGCGUCCGCGCCGCCCGCCAAGGCCGCCGCGCCGAGGGCCAAGGCCGCGGCCGCCAGCCCCAGGCGGCCCCUCUCCGCCGCCGCCGCCGCGCCGGGCCCUAACAAAAAGGGCAGCAGCCCCCCGGGCGGCCCCGGCGCCGCCGCCGCCGCUCCCAAGCGCCCGGCCACCGCGCGGCCCGCCGCCCCCGCGCCCAAGGAGGCCAAACCAAAGGUUGCGGAUGCCAAGAGCCCGGAGAAGAGGAGCUCGCUGUCCAAGCCGCCGUCGUCUGUCACCCCUCGCACCGCUGUUCGGAGCAGCCCGGCCACUCCCAGGACAACCGCGGCGUCUCCGGUCGCUGCAGCGCCCGGCGUGAAAACCAUUGCUGCUUCUCCGCCCAAGAGGCCCACGUCUAUCAAGACAGACGCGAAGCCUGCAGAUGCCAAGAAGACCGCCGCGAAGCCGCCGGCAGCAGACGCGGGGCGCCCGAAGAGCGCGUCGGGCGGCGCCAAGAGCAGCGCCGCGUCGCCCUCGGCGCCCGCCGGCAGCUCGCCCAGCGUGCCCGCCGCGCGCCCCAAGCCCAAGGCGCCCACCACCAAGCCCGCCGCGGGCACCACCACCACCACCGCCGCGGCACCGGCCGAUGCCAGGAAGGCGGCCGCCAAGGCGCCGCCGAAGGCCGGCCCCGCCGCCAAGCCGCCGCGUCCCGCCGGCAGCGUUUCCGCCCCGGACCUGAAGAACGUGCGCUCCAAAAUCGGGUCCACGGAUAACAUCAAGCAUCAGCCCGGCGGGGGCAAGGGGAAUGUAGAGAAAAAGCCGGAGCCGGCGGCUGCGGCGCGGAAGCCUGAACCCAAUGCGGGCUCUAAAAUGGCUCCUGCUAGAGCAGCCCUAACAAAAGAGGGGGCCCCCAAGCAGCCCAAUGGGAAAGUCCAGAUAGUCUCCAAAAAAGCGAACUACAGCCAUGUUCAGUCCAAGUGUGGGUCCAAGGACAAUAUUAAGCAUGUCCCUGGAGGUGGGAAUGUGCAGAUCCAGAACAAGAAAGUCGACCUUUCCAAAGUGUCCUCCAAGUGUGGCUCGAAAGCGAAUAUCAAGCAUAAACCAGGGGGAGGAGACGUCAAAAUCGAGAACCAGAAGCUGAACUUCAAGGAGAAGGCGCAGGCGAAGGUGGGGUCCCUGGACAGCGUGGGACACGUGGCGGCAGCAGGAGCGGCCAAGGGCCGGGGGGGNCCGGCGGCGGCGCCGGGCACGGAGGCGCCGCGCGAGAACGGCGUGGGGCCGGCGGCGGGCGAGCCGCGCGACGCGCAGCCCUUCGAGAGCCGCAUCCAAGAGACAAAUUGA